UCCCGUGCUGUAGACAAACCGUACACAAUUCCACAGAAGACACUGAACAUCUCUGAUCCCUAUAGCUGCAAGCCUUCAGCUCCCUCAAAUAUGUCUUCUGUUGAACACAUUUAAGGUACAUAGCUAAUGCUCUAUUCCAGUUUACAGCAUGCUUUUGAUAAACAGAGCCAUUCCAGGGGCUCACACACGCACACACACACACACACACACACACACACACACACACACACACACACACAGCUUGGUGUCCAAAUAUAUUGCAUAAAGGGCACGUUUAAUGGAGCCGUGAUGUUAAUCCCUGGCGUAUCAUCAUCUCUCCUGGCCAACACGUGCCGCCUUCGCCCGGAUUCAUCCUUAGCCCCUCUUCCGCAUAAUGGUACACUCCGAACCGUGUGAGGUAAUUAACAUCAUCACUCGGGGCUACUGGACUGAGACGCGUGCUCUGACGUCCGUGGCUGUUGGCAGAACAUGCAAGCUGGGUGAACGUGGGCUAUAAAGCAGCCAGCAUUAUUAUCUUAUAUCGAUAUUUAGAACCAGAUUACGAGGUCAGAUAUCGGAUGCCCCGCUAUUUCACCAUGUUUUCAGUCCACAGUCUAUGGCUAGUUAUGACUCAGUAGUUAGAGGACGGUCACCGCUGUGUGAGCGCCAGUACAAUAACAACAGUCAGGGUCUUUUGCUUUGAUGCUUUGCGCUGGAGAAAGCGAGCGGAGAAGCGCGCCAUGCUGAAGCUCUGACUGACUGCACUGUAGGAUGGGGAGCGGGCCGUGCGGAGACGGGCGAUCUCUGAUCCAGCUGGCGGGCGCGGAGGACAUAACUGUCUGCGGUGUGUGGUACCUCUCGGAUGCUGAGUCGUAGCGCGGGUGGAUCACUUUGGAUGGGAAGCACCUCCUAAUCUUCCUAGCCCAAGCCCCACCCCACCCUCACCCCACCCUCACCCCGCCCACAUCCCCCCCCUGUCCUCAUCUCCCCCACAUCCCACCCCUGUCCUCGUCUCCCCCUUCCCCCUUGCCCCUGCUUCCGAACUCCUGCGCGCCCUUCCGUUCCGUCACCAUGACAACGAUGCUGCAGACGCCGGCCUUCAAGCUGGCCCUUCUCCCGUCUCCCUGGAGCCCUGAGCGCCUGUACAGCUGCGAGGACAAGAUCGAGCGCCGCUAUGACAUCAUCCCCUCCGUCAUCUGCUCCAUGUGCUGCGUCUUCGGCAUCAUCUACUGUUUCUUCGGCUACCGCUGCUUCAAGGCGGUGAUGUUCCUGACGGGCCUGAUGUUCGGCUCCAUCAUCAUCUUCGUGCUGUGCUACAAGGAGCGCGUGAUGGAGACGCAGCUGAGCGUGGAGGCCAGCGCGGGCAUCGGCCUGGGCAUCGGCGUGCUGUGCGGCCUGGUCACCAUGCUGGUGCGCAGCGUGGGUCUCUUCAUGGUGGGCCUGCUGCUGGGCCUGCUGGUGGCGGUGGCCGGGCUGGCGGUGGCGGAGGAGUUCUACCACCCGCGCACGGCGUGGGUGCCCCUGGGCGCGCUGCUGGGCUCGGGCAUGCUCUUCGCCGUGCUGACGCUGCAGUGGCAGCGCUGCUUCACCACGCUCUCCACCGCCGCCUUCGGCGCCGCCGUCAUCGCCGUCACCGUCGACUACUUCGCCGAGAUGCUGCUGGCCGUGCGCUACCUGUACGAGCGCGUGGUGGCCGCCCGCCGCCGCCCCGUCUGCUGGCUCAGCUGGGCCGUCCUGGGCCUGUGGCCCGCCCUCGCCCUGCUCGGCGUCAUCGUCCAGUGGAAGGUGACGGCCGAGGGCUACUCGCACACGGAGGUGAUAAUCAGUCGCCAGCAGCGACGGGUGCAGCUGAUGCGGAUCCGUCAGAAGGAGGAGAGGAGAGAGGGAAGAAAGAAGAAGAAGAAACAGCAACGGCACCACCACUCCCAGCACACGCACGCCCCCAAGCUGCACCCCGAGCCCACCUACCGCCGAAAACCCACCCCCAUCCGCCGCUACGACGGGGACGUGCUUUCCCCCAGUUACAUCCAGAGUUUUCGGGACAGAGAGGAGGGGCGGCGGUCGUACCCUCCGGGCCGGCUGGUCAGUGGAACCCACACCGUAGUGGACCUGGACUAUGAGUGCGGCUCCACUGUGCCCCUGACCGCCUCAGCAGGGCCCGCCAUGCGGGUGUGAGGCUGCCCCCUGCUGGACCCGCGCAGGUGCUGCAGGCCACUGUGUCGUGUUCGUUGUUAGAGCAACACUGCAGACCGGCCUUUUUCUCUGCCACGCCUCUCUCCCUCACUGGGUCCACGGCUGAGGUCGCUCGACCGCUCCCCCUCCACAGGACCGCCCCUCCACAGGACACCCUAAAGGAAGCCCCCUACCCGCCUGCCGCCCCCCCCCCCCCCAUCUUUUCAGCAGAACCCAGUUAUACCCGAAUCUGCGAGACGCUCAGAUUCACGCACAGGAAAUACAAAAACAACACGACCGCAUCGGAGAGAAAAAAAAAAGCAAAAGAAAGGAAGUGUUUCCUCUAAUGUUAAGAUGCCAUGCCAGCUGUUUGGUCUGUUAAUUUCAUGCACUUUUUUGUUCAUUGAACCACAGUGCUUUAUAUGUAUAUAUUAGGACCAGAACAAAGGAAGUGAAACGCGAGCACUUUUAUCUAAAAAUAGCAUAGGAUGGAGCCGCUGGGUGGCUCGUCCCGGUCGGGCCCCUCCGGUCGGGCCCCUGUGGUCGGGCCCCUGUGGUCGGGCCCCUGCGGUCGGGCCCCUGCGGUCGGACCCCUGCGGUCGGGCCCCUGCGGUCGGGCCCCUGCGGUCGGGCCCCUGCGGUCGGGCCCUGCGGUCUGGGUUCAGGUCCAGUCUGUGCCAGUGCUGACUCCCGAGUGUCUGCGGGUUUGUCUGCUGAGCUCCAGCCCCUGUGCGUGCGCGAAGCUCAGCUUGCAAACCGCGGUGAGAAAUCUGUGCUUUUCCCAAAUCUGAUUGGAAGUUGAGUUUCAACGUAAACCAUAAUAAUAAUUGGGCGUUCCAAAAAAAAAAAAAAAAAAAAAAGUGUUUUUAUCACUUUACAAGUACUUCCUGUGAAAUUCAGGGAAUCUCCGGUCACGUGACUGACUUCUCCCUCUUAAUGGGGAGGAGCUCUCUUCUGCCCUGUGCCCCUCUUUGCCGCUGCACUUUCACUGAGUGGACCGGGUGUCCCGGGCCCUGUCAUGCUGUCCCUGUGUCAGACUGUAAAACUGCGCUCUUACUAAAGCAGGUGAACAAGUUACUUUGCAGAUCACCUCUGCUGGACUCUAGUGGAAGCAAGCUGGAGUCUCACGUCAGGAAUUUCUCUGUGGCCAGGUUCAGAAACUCUGUGUUUGUGGUGAGUGGAGGGGGGGCGUGGUGAGUGGGGGGAGGGUGUGUGUGAAGGGAGGGGGUGCGGAGCAGUUUUUUGUCAGAGAUCGCAGUGAAGGUGGAGGACCUUAUGCUGAUAGGGAUGGAGGAGGCCUGUGAACAGUGAUGAAGUAGCGUCUAUGUAUAUGGAUACGACUGAGAGAAAGAACUGGAGCCGCAUUAUGUUAAACCAGGAAAACUAGUGUGUGUGUGUGAGAGAGAGAGAGAGAGAGAGAGUGAGAGAGAGAGAGAGAGAGAGAGAGAGAGAGAGUGAGAGAGAGAGAGAGAGAGAGAGAGAGAGAGAGAGAGAGCGUCAUUGAAAGAACAGAAAGGUUGAGCGUCAGUUCAGAAGUGGGUCACGUUGGGACACCCUCUGCCACCCUACCAAACACCCUCUCCACAAUAACAGGCACUUUGAACAGACUCACAUUAAUUAUAGUGAAAUGGUGUUACAGGGAAUAAGGAAUAAACAUCUUUACGACUGUCAGACACCUGGUAAUAAUUCUUUGCACAUGCUCAGUCUCCUCUGGCCAUCUGCACAUGCUCAGUCUCCUCUGGCCAUCUGCACAUGCUCAGUCUCCUCUGGCCAUCUGCACAUGCUCAGUCUCCUCUGGCCAUCUGCACAUGCUCAGUCUCCUCUGUCCCUUUGCACAUGCCUAUUCAGUCUUCUCUGCUCUUCUGCACAUGCUCAGUCUCCUCUGCUCUUCUGCACAUGCUCAGUCUCCUCUGUCCCUUUGCACAUGCCUAUUCAGUCUCCUCUGCUCUUCUGCACAUGCCUAUUCAGUCUCCUCUGCUCUUCUGCACAUGCCUAUUCAGUCUCCUCUGCUCUUCUGCACAUGCCUAUUCAGUCUCCUCUGCUCUUCUGCACAUGCCUAUUCAGUCUCCUCUGCUCUUCUGCACAUGCUCAGUCUCCUCUGCUCUUCUGCACAUGCCUAUUCAGUCUCCUCUGCUAUUCUGCACAUGCCUAUUCAGUCUCCUCUGCUCUUCUGCACAUGCUCAGUCUCCUCUGUCCCUUUGCACAUGCCUAUUCAGUCUCCUCUGCUCUUCUGCACAUGCUCAGUGAGCCCUCCCCCCCGUGCAGUUUUGGUUUCAGUUUGGUUUCAUACUGUAUGCAGUGCUGUGUUAUUGCUCUUGUGAUUUCUAUCUUUUUUUCAUAUUUAUUUUUCGAAUGGACUGAUCUGUUUGUCUGUUGGAUCAGGAGUUCAUUUGUAUGGUAUCUCUAAAGCAUUGUGUCCCUCGAUGUGAGAUGUACAGUAUUAAUUUAUUUGUCUUUUUAUUUAUUUAAGUUUAAUUAGGAUUCAUUUGCACCAGUCACACUACUAGUUCAGGGGUUACCUGAGCUACUGCGUUGUGCUUCAGUUCAGCUCCUAUUGGGGCUCUGCAUUUUUAACAUUCUGACCUUUUUGCAUUAUUAUUAUUCAUUGUAUUUAUUAUAUUAAUGCAUGUCCUUGUAUGGGCCUGGAUAUGAUAAAAAUGUGAUUCUAAAGCCUUCUUUGAACAGUUCUGUGCUUUUAUUUUUUUCCUGAUUUCUUGUUGCUCUCUCUCUCUCUCACUCUCUGUCUAUGUGUUUGUUUGUUUGUUUAUAUGUGUGAAUAUGAAUAUGUGUGUUUGGUUGUGGGUGUGUGUGCUUUGUGGGUACCAGAGGAAGAUUGUAAGAGUGAUGUAUGUAUAAAUGAGAUUACAUAUGAACAGUAUGUGUCUGUUUAUGUAGGUAUGUAUGUAUGUUGAAAAUACCUAAUUUCUACAAUUGCCAUGUAUUGUUUAAAAAUGUAUCGUUUAUAUUGAAUAAAUGACUGACAAUGGGCAACAAAA